UCCAUGCAUGCAUGAUUGAAAACUUUAUAUAAGAAGUUAGAGCUAAGAACAAAUCAGCAGAUAGCAGAACCAAAGCAACAGCCAAUAAACAUGGUGGUGGAAAGCGUUCUUUGCAUGAAUCCAGGAGAUGGUGAAACCAGCUACGCCAAGAAUUCAUUCCUUCAAAAAGCAGUGCUAUCAAAAGCUAGGCCAAUCCUAGAAGAUACCAUCAAGGACAUGUUCAGCACCGCCCUUCCCACUUGCUUCAAACUAGCAGACUUGGGCUGCUCUUCAGGACCCAAUACUCUCUUGUUCGUUUCUGAAAUCAUGGACGUCGUUUAUGAGCUUUGCCAACAACAGAACUGUAAACUGCCCGAAUUUCAGGUGUUUCUGAAUGACCUUCCAGGGAAUGAUUUCAAUACUGUUUUCAAGUCGCUGCCAUUUUUCUACGAGAAGUUCGGAGAAGAAAAGGGAGACUUGUAUGGACAGCGCUGUUACAUAUCAGGAGUACCUGGUUCUUUCUAUCACAGGCUCUUCCCAAGCAAGAGUUUGCAUUUCUUUCAUUCCUCUUACAGCCUACACUGGCUUUCUAAGGUGCCAGAAGGUAUAUCAGAUAACAAGGGAAACAUAUACAUGGCAAAGGCAAGUCCUCCUAAUGUAUUUAAAGCUUACCUGGAGCAAUUCCAGAAGGAUUUCUCCUUGUUUCUACGCUUACGCUCAGAGGAAAUAAUACAAGGAGGACGUGUAGUUCUUACAUUCCUCGGCAGGAGUAUUGACGAUCCAAGAAGCAAAGAUUGCUGUCUUUUUUGGGAGCUGCUAGCAAAGUCACUGCUAGACUUGGCAGCAAAGGGACUUGUUGUAGAGGCCGAUAUUGAUACCUUCAAUCUGCCAUAUUAUAAUCCUUACGAAGGAGAAGUGAGGGAAAUUAUCGAAAUGGAGGGAUCAUUCGAUAUUAACAAGCUAGAAACGUUUGCUAUUAACUGGGAUGCUAAUGAUGAUAUCAGCAACAAAAAUUUUGUGUUUGACAAGGACCAAUGUGGACGAAAUGUGGCAAAUAUUGUAAGAGCAGUUGCAGAACCGAUGUUGGUUAGUCAUUUUGGAGAUGAAAUAAUGGAUGAAUUGUUCAAGAGGUACGCAGAGCAUGUAGGUGAACAUCUGUGCGUGGAGAAGACAAAACACAUAAACAUAGUCCUCACAAUGACAAAGAAGGAGUAGACUCCAGUGUAGCAGAUGAUGAGCGAAUAAAUUCUUCUGAAGCAGAAAUAAAGUAAUUAUCUAUGGAAGUAGUUUUGGCUCAUAAUGAAUAAAAACAGUGUGCAUGCAUGAAAAUUCUCUUUUUAAAUAAAACAUUUUUGUUUUUGUUUA